CAGGAGGCUUGUGCAGAGCGAGGGUUGCGUUUUCUCUUAUAAGAUGCUAAUCAGACUUGUAUUGAACUGGGGCGAGGACUGCCUUCUCGCCAAUAAGAUCCCGCUGGAAGCAACCAUUGGAGAAGCAGAUUCCCAGCUGAUAUAAAUGCAGCCAGAAAAUGUGCGUGGGCUGCCCUAGCUCCUUGGAAGGAAGAAGAGAGUUUGCUUCCUUGGCUCUGACCAGGCGGACCCGGGAUGGAAAACUCUACCUCCCCGCUUAAUGCCACCUGGAUGCCAUCUACUGUCCCGGACGUGUCCAGUCCCGCGGACACGACUGCGGGCUUCACUGGUCAGACAGAUGUGCAGGGGUCCAGCUGCGGAGGGAGCCCGGAGGUUCCCACUCCUGAGGAGUCUCAUGCCGAUCCCUUCUGGGACUCUGGCCUGAACCAAGGCAUCAAUGUGUUGGUGGCGGCGCUGCUGGGCUUCACCAUGCUGGGUCUGGGCUGCACGGUGGAGCUGCCGCGGCUGGGAGCCCACCUCAGGAGGCCGGUGGGGGUUGCGCUGGCUGCCAUCGCCCAGUUUGUCAUCAUGCCCAUGGUGGCCUUCCUCCUCGCCCUGCUCUUCGCGCUCCCCGACGUGGCGGCCGUCGCCGUGCUUCUGUGCGGCUGCUGCCCGGGCGGCAACCUCUCCAACAUCAUGGCCCUUCUGGUCAACGGAGACAUGAACCUCAGUAUAAUAAUGACCGUGUCCUCCACACUCCUGGCGCUGCUGCUGAUGCCCUUGUGCUUGUGGAUUUACAGCCGAGCCUGGAUUGACACCCCUGUGGUUCAGCUCAUGCCCUUUGGGGCGAUAACUCUCACUCUCUGCAGCACUUUGAUCCCCAUUGGGCUGGGGGUCUUCAUCAGAUUCAGAUCCAGCAGAGUUGCUGACGUACUUCUCAAGAUUUCACUCUGGUCCUUGAUGGUCACUCUUUUAAUCCUCUUCAUCCUCACUGGCACCAUGCUGGGUCCUGCUAUUCUCGCCACUAUUCCAGCUUCUGUAUACGUUGUGGCUCUGCUGAUGCCGCUCGUUGGAUACGUUGCUGGUUAUGGCCUGGCCACCCUCUUCAAACUACCUCCCAACUGCAAACGGACAGUUUCCUUGGAGACCGGAUGUCAAAAUGUACAACUCUGUACAGCCAUCCUGAAAUUAGCCUUCCCGCCCCAGAUAAUUGGUGGUAUCUACAUGUUCCCGCUGCUCUAUGCUCUGUUCCAAGCCACAGAAGCCACCCUGUUUGUUAUAGGAUACAAAAUCUAUAGACGAGAUGUGUGGCUGAAGCAAGAACCAUCAGACGAGGAUGAGACGGAUAUUUCAUACAAGAAACUCAAAGAAGAAGAUAUAAAUGAGUCGGUAUACGGAGCUGUGAGUGAACAACACACUACUGUGAUAGAACCGACUACAAGUGUAACGCAACUGUGAAACACUAUGACCCCCGUAACUGACGACUGUGCCUAAUUAAUGAUCAGCGUCUGCUUUCCACGUGCUCUGUGCAAUCCUGUGUUCUUGUUUUGGAUAAUUAGCAUAUUGAAGAAUUUCUAAAUUAAUAGCAAAUUUAACAAGUUUGAGCUUGUUAUUCGUUGGGUGCAUGUAAAUUGAUAAUCUUUUAGCUGUUAAAUAUAGCGAUCCUGCGAAACCUUC